AUGAGAUCACCAACUCCGCCUCCAAGAGAUUAUCCUCGAGGCAAUCUCGUGAAUAACAUAUUUGGUGUUCCUUUCGACACCUCUGCGCCGCCAAACCUGCUGAAACCGUCUCAGGCUCAUCCGGUGCCUGUUCCAGCUGGAAUUCCCCAGGGUAACAGCAAACCAAUUCCCACCAACGCUUUCUUUGGAAAUUUGCUUGUUGAACCUCAGAAUCUGCCUAUAUGGACUCAUCCGUAUUCUGUUUGGAGAUGUUCGGAUCCAGAGUUUAACGGUCUGGCGGUUGCCCAAAUUGACGACCACAUGAAGGUGUUUGGUCCUGAGCCUGACAAGGACCCAGUCCAGUUCUUCUUCAAUCCCGGUGGAAUUGUUUCUGUCUGUCUAGGAUGUGAUUCCUGGACCAACGGAUUACCUUCUCCCAAAUUUUUGGACUGGGAUAAGACUUAUGUGACAUUUUCGAUGGACAAUGUCAAAUUCACUUUGGUUCAAGGCAUGGGAUUCGUGACUGGAGUAUACGGACAGGGUUCCAGACCGGUGAUCUCUUCGAAAGUUGGGAUCGCUAGUUUCCGGAAGGUUUCAGCAAGCGGGAACUGUACUAAGUUUGUUCUGAGACUAUUUGACAAUGUCGAAUGGAGUGUUUAUGUGAACUCCAGUGAGGACUUUGACCUGGCUGACCGUAAUCAUUUUGUCAUGAAAUCAAAUACGCACUCAGAGCUGAUUGUCCAAGUUGCAAAGGGAGAUUUCGAUGUGUAUGAUCAAACUGCAGGUUGUUAUAUUGAAAAAAUGCACUUGGAGGGCAAUUUGAAUGGACAGAAUAUUCAAUACUCUUUCAACUAUAGCGUGCAAGGCAACUCCAAGAGUGGAAGUCCACUUAUAUGGACUCUCCCUCACCAGUACGCAUCCAUGGAACCGUCGAUGCAAUCUCGCUGGGCCCAGGGGCCAGACCUGAACUCUACUGUGAAGGGAAGAAUGAAGGCUUUCGUGACCAAUCGUUUUGAGAUGGUUGAAAAGACCCCUCCUGCCCUUCCACUUGACCCAUGGAACCCACCACCAAACAUCAACGGUAAUUCUUUGGAGUUGAUAAAGCAGACACUUCAAGCCGAAGUUGCUCAAUUUAGUGUUGAGGGCGAAAGUGAUACGGACUCCAUGUACACGUCUGGAAAAAUCCUUGACAAAGGAGCCUACAUUUUGUAUGUUGCUGCCUUCAUCGUGAAGGAUAGGGCUUUGGCCACGGAAUGGCUUGAUAAAAUGAAAAGAGCUUUUGAAAGGUUUACAAAGAACGAGCAGAAAGAGCCUUUGGUCUAUGAUACCCAUUGGAAAGGUGUGGUUUCAUCGUCUGGUCUAGAUGGUAAUUUCUACAAGGAUUUUGGAAACACGUUCUACAACGAUCAUCACUUCCAUUAUGGCUACCAUAUUCACACAGCAGCUUUGAUCACUUUGGCAGACCGAGUAUACUCUACUGGUAAAUGGCUAGACGGGCACAAGCAAUGGAUCGAGACUUUGAUCAGAGACGUUGCCAAUCCGAACUCGUCGGACCCUUACUUCUCCACUUCUAGGGCAUUCGAUUGGUUCCACGGUCAUUCGUGGGCCAAUGGACUAUUUGCAUCUGGUGAUGGAAAAGACGAGGAAAGUUCUUCAGAGGACUAUAAUUUUGCCUAUGCUUUGCACACCUAUGGCAAAGUUGCGGGAAAUUCUCAAAUGGAAACCAUUGGCGCUCUUAUGAUGAGCGUCUUGAAGAGAUCCGUCAACUCCUACAUGCUUUUUGGCAGGGAUAACUCUGUAGUUCCCGCCAAAUUCAAGCGCAACAAGUGCAGUGGGAUUCUUUUCGAGAACAAGAUCGACCAUGUCACAUACUUUGGUCUGAACAAAGAGUAUAUUCACGGGAUCCACAUGAUUCCGGUCACGCCAUGUUCGUUCUACGUGAGGUCGGCCGAGUUCGUGAACGAUGAAUGGAAUGAACAACACUUCGACGACCUGGUGAAAAACAUGGAUUCCGGUUGGAGAGGUAUUCUGAUGCUGAAUCUUGCAAUUGCGGACUCCAAAAAGGCCUGGAACUUCUUUGCUCAGUCAGGGUUCAAUCCACAAUGGCUUGACAAUGGUAUGUCAAGAACGUGGUCCCUGGCGUUGAUUGCCAGUGUCGGAGGGUCUUGA